AUGGCUGUCAGUGAAGAAACCCCCUUGCUGCACACCCGCCGCCAGCACAAGCAGAAAACCAAGGUCAGUCCUGUCCGCGACAAAAUAGCCGUGUACGGUUCAUUUAUCGGCGUUUUCCUCGCAGCUGCAGACGAAUCUAUCGUUCUGUCCACAUGGAGUGUGAUCGCCUCGGAGUUCCACCGUCUGUCGCAAGGAUCGUGGCUCCUAGCCGCGUAUAACUUUGGGUGGUGCGUGUCAUUGCCGGUGUAUGGUACGCUAUGCAACAUUUACGGGAGAAAGAAUGUUCUUAUCAGUGCUUAUGCGCUUUUUGCGGCGGGAUGCCUGGCUUGCGGGAGCAGCAAGUCCAUGGUUCAGCUGGUGUUGGCCCGAGUACUCACCGGAAUAAGUGCAGGAGGAAUGGUUUCGCUGGUAUCGGUCAUUCAUACUGACAUGGUUCCCGCCGACGAGGUAGCCCUGCUCCGAAGCUACGCCAAUGUGUUCAAUGUUGUAGGCCGUAGUAUAGGUGCUCCCCUAGGAGGUUAUCUUAUUGGUGCUGUGGGGUGGAGAUGGUCUUUUAUCGGUCAAUUGCCCGUGGCAGCCAUCUGUCUUCUAAUAGGACUGUAUGGACUUCCAUCAUCUUCAAACUCAACCAAGACUGGGGAUGCAGGGGGAGGAAAUGCUCGGCAUAGCAUUAUGCGGCUUGACUUUGCCGGUCUUGCCAGCUUCUCUGUCACCACCGUUCUCCUACUCUUGCUCAUGCAGGAGUUGAGCGCCCCUCCAGAAAGCCUCCAAAUUCCGCUUACGAUACUCAUCACGGCGUUUUGCACUACAGUGCUAUUGUUAAUCGUGGUAGAAGCAUACUGGGCUCGAACUCCACUGAUUCCUUUGCACCUCAUGAAGACUUCGCUGGGUGGGUUUUGUCUAAACCAGAUAAUGAUGAUGUCGAGCCGUUCGGGACUUAUGAGUAACUUGGCUCCAUACCUGAUUCGGGUCAAGGGUGCAACAAGCUCAUUGGCUGCGUCAGCCUUCGUGUUGGGUGCGGUUGGGGUGUCAAUUGGAGCAUUGAUCGCAGGAAAAGUUAUCAAAAGAUGGAAACGAUACCGAACCAUGACUGCCAUUGCCGUUUCUGGUGCUGUCCUGACCUACUUGCUCAUUUUCAUUCGCUGGCGAAAUGGCUGCCACCUCUGGGAAGUAGUGUAUCUGUUGCCCAAUGGUAUAGCCAUUGGCAUCCUUUUCACGACACAGUUCAUUGGCAUGUCGCUGGGCGCGCCGAACGAGAGCCUCACCACUUGCAUUACUACAUAUUACCUUGCUCAGCAGUUAGGUAAUAUCAUUGGACCGGCGAUGAAUGUGGCUGUUGUGCAACGCGUGUUUAUGAGAAAGUUGGAGAAAAAUCUAAACGGAUGGGAAGAGAAGAAGGUUUGA